AUGAAAAACCUGGAGGAAUAUCAGCAGCCUGCAAGCAUAGCAGACUUUCUGGCAGAAAUAUGUGUCGACCCUGUACUCGGACUCUCACGCGACGAUGCUAUGAAGCGCCGGUCUCUCUACGGUGCUAAUCGCGUGACGCCACCCGUUAAGUGUCCAACGUGGGUCUGCUGUUUGCUGCCAUGCCUUAUGCGCACGGCCUCGAUGAAAUUGUAUCAAAAGGUGCUACCUCGUGAGGUGAUCGUGCGUCGUCAAGUAAUUAGACAUGGCCAAACGUCUUCUAGACGGAUGCGAAUGGAUGUGACGAGUCUUGUGUACGGAGAUGUCGUGGAAGUCAAAGCUGGAGAUGUAGCAGGCGCGGACCUUCGCGUUAUUGAAUGCUCGGACGAUUGUUGGAUCGAUCAGACGACGCUGGUCUGUGACAAGAAUGAAGACGAGGAAGAAGCCGAGCAAGGAAUAAAUAGAAAAUAUGUUAAAACCGAAACACCACCUCUGCACCUUCAGCAAGAUAUUUUGCGUUGUAGUAAUAUUAUACCUAUGACAGCAACAGUGUUGCAAGGUUCUGCUGUGGCUGUUGUGCUAUCGACAGGGAAUCACACGCUGUGGGGGCAACUAGUCUCACACCAUGAGUGGCCGCGAGUGCCUGGAACUCUGCUCCAAAGAAAGAAAAGAAAUUUGAAUGAGGAAAAUACGAGCUUGAUUGUUUAG